UAUAAAUCUCAUGUUCUGGGCAUGUCCGACGUUCAAGAGAAGAAGACGAAACGUAAGAAAAGAGAGAAACGUGACCGUUCUCUCGUAGACGAAGACGUUGAAGGAAGUCCGAGCAACGCAAAAUCUCGGAAAUCAAAAUCGAAGAAAGGAGAAAAAGUCGGCGGAACACCAGGGAAAAUUGCAGAAUUUCGAGGCUUUACACGAGCCGACGUACAGACUUUGUGUGGUCAGCUGAGCUAUGAAACUGCAGUGGCUGAUAACAAAGAAUUAUGGCUGCUGAAGAUACCAUUUGAUAUGGAUCCAUCUCGCCUCACAAACACUAAAGUCGUACUUGGAAUUAGACAGAACUUGGUGAUAAAAAAUGAGAAUGAAAAGAGAGUAUCGUGUGAAGUGUCUAGUCAGUCUACUGACAGAUCUGCGUCUUGUCACUGCCUGCUGGCGAGCGAAGACGGAACCCUUCUUCCGGCACAACUGACUGGUCACAUAACCAUCACGAGACGAAUCCACGUACCACAAUGCAGUCCUGUCAAAGACUGGACAGGAAAUGAAGCUAAGCGUGUCAUACCGAGUGAAUUAAAACAACGAUGGAAACCAUUCGGAUGUGGUAAUCACACCGGAAGUGAAUCUGUUCCAGAGUCAAGCACUAAAACUAGAGGCAAAAGAAAGUUGUUUUCUCCCACCAAGCGUGAUGUAGCUACUACGGAAAGCCCAUCAAAGAGAAAACGUAGGAAGAGUGGAGUGUAAACAGAAACGUGAAGGUUGGUUUCCUAGACCAGAGAUGUCGAUAUUGUUUAUACCAAUGAUUUGGUUCACUGUGUACGUCACCUGUGGAAUAAAUAUUUAAUUAAUUAAGCAAUAACAGUAAUAAUCAUGUAGAUUAGUUUAUCAGCCUGAAUGGCCGCGUGUGAAGUAAAGGCAGGAAACAGGUGAUUACGUUGUGUCUGGCUUUAGUGCUGACAUAUAUCACACGGAUAUAAUGUGGGUGCUUGCACCAUAUGCUUAGACAGUUGUUGGCAUGAUUCGUACUUGCAGUAGACAUGACGUGGUGCCUGGCAUCAAUGU